UUUAUAUAUUUUUUUAUAAGUUAAAAAAUGUUUUAUUGAUUAUUUGAUAAUAUGAAUGAAUAAAAUAGAUUACUAUAUUAAAAACUUUGGAAUUCAAUAAUUUUCUACUUAUCAAUUGUACACCAUGAAUGAUUUUGAUGGAUGGAAAUAACUCAAUAAUUUCACCUAAAAGUUUAUCAAGUGUCAUAAUUUAUUAUAGAGACCACAAAUUAUCACCUCUAUAUAAAUUAAGUGUAGAUCUAAUUAAAACAUAUAAAUACAUAAAUGGGCUAUAUUAUGCAAAAAAGAAAAAACGAACCCAACAUACAUUAGAAAAUUUAUCAAAAAAAAAUAAAAUAUAUAAUGAUGGAUUUGAUGAUGAAAAUCAUGAUUAUAUAGUUAGACAUGGUGAGAAAUGGUUCAAUCGUUAUCAGAUUCAUUCAUUGAUUGGGAAAGGUUCAUUUGGCCAAGUUGUUAAGGCAUAUGAUUUUGUUGAAAGAGAAUAUGUUGCAAUUAAAAUAAUAAAAAACAAAAAACCUUUUUUGAAUCAAGCAGAAAUUGAAGUGCGCUUACUAGAACUUAUGAAUCAAGUAGAUGAUGAUAAUCAAAAUUAUUUUGGGAAAAAUUUUAUAGUUAAAUUAAAAAGAUAUUUUACUUUCCGGAAUCAUUUAUGUAUUGUGUUUGAGUUAUUAUCAUAUAACCUUUACGAUCUAUUAAAGAAUACAAACUUUCGAGGUGUUUCACUAAAUUUAACCCGUAAAUUUGCCCAUCAAUUAUGCACAGCAUUACAUUUCUUAUCUUGCCCAUCAAUAAAUAUAAUUCAUUGUGAUUUAAAACCUGAAAAUAUUUUAUUAUGUAACCCAAAAAGAAGUUCUAUCAAAAUAGUGGAUUUUGGAAGUUCUUGCCAAAUUGGGCAAAGGAUAUAUCAAUAUAUACAGAGCCGAUUUUAUCGUAGUCCUGAAGUUUUAUUGGGAAUUCCAUAUGAUACAAAAAUUGAUAUGUGGAGUUUAGGCUGUAUACUAGUAGAAAUGCAUACAGGGGAACCAUUAUUCAGUGGCCAAAAUGAGAUUGAUCAAAUGUUCAAAAUUGUAGAAAUCAUGGGGACACCACCAAAUUAUUUAUUAGAUAAAUGCCCCAAAACAAAACUCUUCUUUGAAAAAGAAAAUGACAAUUAUCUUCCUAAAGUUAACAUCAAAGAUACAGAGAACCAUCUAAAUGUUAAUGAACAAAACCCCAAGAAAAAAUUUUUGGAUGAUAUAUUGGGAGUAAAUAUAGGGGGUCCAGAAGGUAGAAGAAAAGGUGAAACUGGACAUACAGUUCAAGACUAUUUAAAAUUUAAAGACUUGAUUUGCAGAAUGUUAGCUUAUGAUGCUGAAACAAGAAUAUCCCCUCUUGAUGCACUAAGACAUCCAUUUUUCAAAAAAUCACUUGACACCUUUGACAGUAUAAACCAAAAAGAUUUAUACAGCAAUAAUACCAUCCACAAAACACAAAAAAAUAUUAAUUCCUUAUUACAUAUGAUAAAUAAUGAAAAUACUACCAAUCCUUACUCUUUGAUGCUACAUAAUUUAGAUCCAAAGUUAAAAAAUAUGAGUGCGAUAAAUAUGGAUAUUAACAAUAAUUUGGUUUUGCCUAUAAUACCAUGCCAUAACACACCUAUUAUUAAAAAUAUUGUCACAUCCCCAUUGCAUUAUGACUUCUUUGCAAAUCCCUCAUUACCACAGUGCCAUGACUUAAAUCAUGAAAAACAACAUAUUCUCACCCAUAACACAAAGACAAGCUUGAGUAAUGAGCAAAUAGGAAAUCAAAAUGAAAUGUUUAAUGAAAUUUUUAAAAUAUUUUUACCAGAAUAUUAUAAGGAUCUUAAAACCAAUGAAAUAAAUUAUCCUAAUAUUAACUUAAAGAAUAAUGAAUUUAACAAUAUUUAUAAUUAUUAUUAUCAAUUAUAUUUGGAAUAUCUAACAAAAGCUUUAAUAAAUGAAAAAAUCUUGACACAUAAAUAUCAUCCAAUAAAAUAUAAAUCUGAAUAUGAAUCUUCCAUACCAAACAUAUUACCUUUAAUAAAUAAUGGGCAAACAAAUAACAUUCAUGAUAUUAUAUUUACCAUGUUCGCAAACAACCCAUUAAUAUUAUCUAAUUUUUUAUUAACAAAUUUUAUGUUUAAUCACAAUAAUGUCACCAUAAAUGAUGCAGAUAUCAAUGAGGGCCAUAAAAUAAAUUUUAAUAAUUAUUUUGAUAAUUAUAAGUCCAACAAUAUUAGCAGUAGUUUGAUUACCACUCAAAACAACCAAUAUAAAAAUUUCCCAUUUUAUUUAUCUUCAAAUCAAUUCCCAGGAAUAAAUUUAUUGGAUUCACAAAUAAAAAUGCAUAAAGAGGAUUUCAAUGAAACUUUAGAUGCUAACCUAGAUUUGUGCUCUCAAUAUAUAAAUGCUAAUGAUAACAAUAAAAAUAACCUAAAAAAUAUUAUGUCGUUUAUAUCAUCGUAAAAGAAUAUAAUGAUAAAAAUAAUCUUUAAGCAUAAAUUUACAGGACAGAGCUGAUUAAAAUUUUUUCUUUAUUAUAACUGCCUCUUUUUUUAUAUAUAUAUAGCAAAAUGUUUAUUAUUACUAAAAGGUGCCAUUUUUAUAUUGUAUA